CAGUAAUGCGGUGGGGGCGGCACCGGACCAGUGUCCCAAGAGCAAGCCUCUUCCUGCCAGAGCCAGAGGCCCCCUAAGUAGAGCCCUCAUGAGAUGCUUCAGGGAGCUCACCUGUGAGCCUGCGUCCUGGCAGGUGGCCAUCCCAGGCUCUGCGGAGGGCUCUCCCUAGGGCUCAAGACUGAGUCCUCCCUGGACCCACACUUGGGGACUUUUGGGUACUUUCUGCCCACCCUGCUCCCUGGUGCCUGGGGACAGAGUCUCAGAAGUCUCUGGCCCUGGCUUUGCCCCCGAGCGCUGGUUCUCAGGGUUAGAUCCACACCCAGGGCUGGGGACGUGUGGCUGGUGCCACGUGGGUGCAGGGUCGGCUGGGGGUGUCCGUAGCUGGGCAGGGGCACUAGUCCCACUUGCUGGGCGUCCUGAGAACAGUAGCCUGGCUCUGUCCCGCCCCCUGCUGCGGGCUGGGGGGCGGGGCGUGGGGCGGGGCAACCCGCGGGUGCGCAUGCCUGUCGCCAGUGGCCCGUCGAGGGCCCGGCGUGCUGCACGCGGCCAUGGAGCCGCGGCCAAGGGGCUGCGUGGCAGCGGGGGCUGCGGAGUCGGAGAGGUGGACGCCCCCAAGGGCAGACGCACCCAGGGUCAGCAGACCUGUCUCUCAGGUGCUGCUGCUGCUGCUGCCGGGAGUCCGGGUUCAGGGCAGCACUCCUGGCUCCAGGUGUGACUGUACCAGUGACAUCCAGAGGAGGUAUGGCCCGUUUUGUUGCAGGGGCUGCCCAAUGGGGCACUACCUGAAGGCCCGCUGCACGGAGCACUGUGGCGACUCCACCUGCCUUCCGUGUCCCCGGGGCACCUUCUUGGCCAGGGAGAACCAUUAUAAUGCCCACUGCACCCGAUGCCAGGCCUGUGACGAGGAGGCCUUCCAGGUGGCCUUGGAGAACUGCUCUGCGGUGGCAGACACCCGCUGUGGCUGCGCACCCGGCUGGCUUGUCGACUGCUCGGUCAAACCGUGUAUGGCGAAUUCACCGUUCCGAUGUCUCCAGUGCCCAGACUGCAAGUCCCCUGACCGCCACACACCUGUGCCCUGUUCCGGCAGAGACAACAGCUGUGGGCCCUGCCUGCCUGGCUUCUAUGAGCACAGCGAUGGCUGCAUGUCCUGCCCCACGAGCAUCCUGGGAAGCUGUCCCGAGCCCUGUGCUGCCGUGUGCGGCUGGAGGCCCAUGUUCUGGGUCCAGGUGCUUGUGGCUGGCCUGCUGGUCCCGUUCCUACUUGGGGUCACCUUCGUCUACUUGUAUUGGCGCUGCCAGUCUCACAAGCUGGUAGUUCCCGUAGACAAAGCUGGCACAGAGGCCCUGACCCCACCUCAGAGUUCCCACCUGUCGCCCCUGGACAGCACCCAUGCCCUCCUUGCACCCCCUGGCAACAAUGGGAAGGUCUGCACUGCCCAGUUAGUAGGCAGCGGCUGGACCCCUGGCUCCCCCCAGGCCCCGGAGGUGCCCUGUCAGCACGUGCCACAGUCCUGGGACCAGCUGCCCAGCCAAGCUCUUGGGUCUCCUCCGGCACCUCCGCUGUCGCCAGCGCCCCCUGCAGGCUCUCCCGCCGCCGUGCUCCAGCCCGGACCGCAACUGUACGACGUGAUGGACGCGGUCCCUGCGCGGCGCUGGAAGGAGUUCGUGCGCACGCUGGGGCUGCGCGAGGCGGAGAUCGAGGCAGUGGAGGUGGAGAUCGGCCGCUUCCGUGACCAGCAGUAUGAGAUGCUCAAGCGCUGGCGCCAGCAGCAGCCCGCGGGGCUGGGCGCCGUCUAUGCAGCCCUGGAGCGCAUGGGGCUGGACGGCUGCGCCGAGGACCUGCGCCUCCGCCUGCAGCGCGGUCCUUGACGCGGGGGUCUCCUGCGGCUUUGGCGCUCGGGUGACCCUGGCAGAAGCCUUAAGUACGGUUACUUAUGCAUGUAGACAUUUUAUGUCACUUACUGAGUUCCCCGGCAGGGCCCUGCGUAGCAGCGCCCGCCGGCCUCGGCCUGCCGCGCCCCGCGGCCCCGUUGUUUCGCACAGGCGGGGCGGGGAGGGGGCGAGUGCGGGAGGGGCGCGAGAUCGCCCAGCCCUCCUCUUGGCCCGAGUUGGGUUGAGACCUUGGAAUUAAAUUCAUGAAGGCAAGA